CAAAAUUCACACCCACCGCAGUUAAUUCGCAAUUGUGCAGCGUGACAGACCCAAUAAUGUGGUGGAACUAUCUUAGUGCCAUCGUCUUCCUUCUCCAGCUCUUUGACCUGGGUCAGGGAAUAGUAAAUCCCUCAAACCAGACAGCCAGCACGGUGAUCUUCAUGCUGCCCGCCAAGGAUAUCGGACCCGAUGUGUGGAAGGCCGGAGUGGAUUGCCUCGAUAGCUUCGCUCAGAUCUUCUUCUAUCGCAAACCAGUGGAGCGCUUCACCAGAGCCUACAACCUGAUGCUGGCCCACGCCUUCAACCUGUCCAGUCCAGCGGAUCAGAUACAGGAGGGAUUCAGCAAGCGGAUCAACGAGGCAGCCACCGAUCCCGGGGAGCCGCAUCGGCAGGAGCUCUUCCAGAUGCGCGUGGUCAGCGAUCACAAGGUCAGGGAGAAGACCAAGAACAUGGGUGAGCUGAUCCUCACGGACAACUAUGUGAUUGUGGUGGACUCCGUGGAGCGACUGCUCGGUCUGAUGUCCCGCUACAUCAGCAAGAUGCGCUCCUGGAAUCCGGGUGCCCGCUUCCUGGUGCUCUUCCACAAUCCCGGGGUGCGCAAUCGUCCUUGGCACGUGGCCUCCCAGAUCUUCAACGAGCUGAUGAGCAGCUUCUACGUUCAUCGAGUGGCCCUGCUGUAUGCCAACUCCUCCACGAACUACAAUCUGCUCGUGAACGACUACUACAGCAACGUGGACUGCCGGAUCCUGAAUGUGCAGAGUUUGGGCCAGUGCCACGAUGGCCAGCUGUAUCCCAGUCCCAGUGCCGUGCACGCCUCCAUGCUGGACUACGUUUCGGGCUUUAGUCCCAGGAACUGCACCUUCUUCGUCUGCGCCUCCAUCUCGGCUCCCUUCGUCGAGGCCGACUGCAUUGUGGGCCUGGAGAUGCGCAUCCUGGGAUUCAUGAAGAACCGACUAAGCUUUGAUGUAAAUCAGACCUGCAGUUGGGAGUCGCGUGGCGAGAUGGACAGUGCUGGCAACUGGAAUGGCCUGCUGGGAAAGGUGACGGACAACGAGUGCGACUUCAUAAUUGGCGGCCACUAUCCGGACAACGAGGUGGCCGACUUCUUCUGGGGAUCCGAUACCUAUCUGCAGGAUGCGCACACGUGGUACGUCAAGUUGGCCGAAAGACGACCCGCCUGGCAGGCGAUGGUCGGCAUCUUCGAGCCCUUCACCUGGCUGGGCUUCAUCCUGAUCCUCGUGAUCAGCUGGCUGUUCUGGUUUGCACUGGUCACCGUUCUGCCAGAGCCCAAGUACUACCAGCAGCUGAGUCUCACGGCCAUAAAUGCACUGGCUGUUUCGAUAUCGAUAGCCAUUCAAGAGCGUCCCGUUUGCGAGGCCACGAGGGUGUUCUUCAUGGCCCUAACGCUUUACGGCCUGAAUGUGGUGGCCACCUACACAUCGAAGAUGAUAGCCACCUUCCAGGAUCCCGGCUACCUCCAACAAGUGGAUGAAUUGACGGAGGUGCUGGCCGCAGGGAUUCCCUAUGGCGGCCACGAAGAAAAUCGCGAUUGGUUCGAGAACGAGGACGACAUGUGGAUCUUCAAUGGGUACAACACCUCGCCGGAGUUCAUUCCGCAAACGGAAAACCUAAAGGCGGUGAAGCAUGGCCACCGGUGCAUCCUGAGCAACCGGAUGUACACGAUGCAGAGUGCCCUGGCCGAUGACCUAUACGCCUUUCCGCACAACGUCUUCAGCAGUCCACUGCAGAUGAUCAUGAAGGCGGGCUUCCCCUUUCUCUUCGAGAUCAACAGCAUCAUCCGUCUGAUGCGCGAUGUGGGCAUCUUCCACAAGAUCGAUGCGGACUUCAGGUACAACAACACCUAUCUGAACAGGAUCAACAAGAUGCGGCCGCACUUCGCGGACACGGCCAUUGUCCUGACCACGGAGCAUCUGAAGGGACCCUUCGGCAUCCUGGUGGUGGGCGUCUUCUGCGCCGCCCUCACAUUUCUCGGCGAGCUAAUGACCCGGCAUUGGCGCUGCCAGCUGGUCACCCAAAGGAGCAGGCAGAGGAAGAAAAGGAGAAGGACAAGGAGGAGGAUAAGGAGGAAGCAGCCAAAGGAUGGCCACUGGCAGCGCCAAGUUCAAGUGGCUCCAGUCGUACGAUUUACGCCAGUCAAACGACGCAAAGUUUUCUAGGGACAAACAAGUCAAAAGUAA